AUGAACGUGAUGCUGACGCGUUGCCAACGAGGCAUGGUCAUCGUCACCAGCAAGCGAUUCCUGGAGAACGGUGGGAAGAACACCGUUAUGGGCAAGAUGAUGCACUAUUGGAAGCGGCGAAGGGGAGAAACCGUUUGGACGGAUCCCUACAUGAUCAUGAAUCGCUUCGCCGAGUUGCCUGGCUCUGCUGCG